GGAUUCAAAUGUGGCUGAUUAGAGCUUUUCGAAGGUGUGCCGCACUCAGUUGACACACUCUUCUUUCCUCCUUCCGUGUGAAUUGAAUCUUCGCCAGGCUCGUCAGUCGAUUGUUUUGUAUCUGAGAAUCACCAUACCAUGGAGCUUGAGUUCGAUACACCCGAGGAAUCUUCCCAUGGGAUGAAAACCCCUCAAUCGAAUCGGACGCGGACGGCAAAGUGCCAGGUUCCUCUUUCAUUUCUCCAACCCCCCCGUCUUCAAGGUCUGCUGUUGCUGUUGUGGAUUGCGAUGGUAACAGCGCCAACAAUGCAGCCAGAGAACCAGACAGAGUCAGCAUUCUUGUCCACCUGGAUCACCAAGCCCACGCGAGAUGACAAGCCUCUCUAUCUAGAUCCGAACGCAGUGUUGGAACCCGAUAGCCUGGUGGCAGUCCGUGAAUCUUCCAGUCAUUGUCCGGCCAUAUUGCUGUUUGCUUUUGCGAUUGCUUCGGGCAUGGCGUGGCAUUUGAACGAAACUCCUUACAGAUGAUGGGGGCGUACUUUAAUGCUGCAGUUUGCGUA